AAAACAACUGCCACACAAUAAUACGCGACUUUAAUUAGUGAAAAAAAAUAAAUAUGUAUUUAAAGUGUAUUUUUUUAUUACUAUUCAAUAAUUACUUGCCUUCAAAGCUAUCACUUGUAUCGAAUGUAAAAAAAAUAAAUUUAAAUGAAGACGAAGUACAUAAUUUAAAACCGAGGAUAAUAAAUGAUAUGAAAGAAGAUAAAGGAUAUUAUUUACGAAAUACACAAGUGGAAUUUGAAUGUAGAGCCUAUGGGUAUCCACUGCCAAAGAUGUAUUGGGAUUAUACAGACAACUAUUAUAACCCAGUCGAAAAUCCAGUCGGGAAUAAGAUUUUUACUAAUUCGGGAACUGAGUAUAAUAAAACACAUAUAAGAUCUAUUGUUAAAAUGACGAUAGGGUCUUCUGCAAAUCUUUCUUGCAAGGCAUGUAAUGAUUUUGGUUGUGACUCCGCCGUUAUUCAAACUAUAUAUACUAUGGAUGUACCGAACGGAUUUUACAUGAUAAAGCCUAUUUAUGACGUAAAAGUUGGCGAUGGAUUAAAACUAUUUUGCUAUGCGUCAAUUUAUAAUUAUACUGAUAUAAUUCAGUGGUACAAUGGAAGUAAAUAUAUCAUUGAUGACACAGGAAGAGUAACAAUCAGUAGGACAGUAGUAAAAGGGUCUUCAUUUGUCUCAGAAUUGACGAUUCAUGAAAUAAAUAAAUGGGAUGCUAACUUUUAUUCAUGUGCAGCGAGAUCUAAAGAUGGCGUAUAUAAAUAUAAUAAUUAUGAACUUGUUCUUUCAGAUAAAGUGAUAUAUUCAUAUCCAUGGACUGAUACAUUUUAUGAAUUAUUGUUAUCAUUAUUUUGUGUAUUUCUUAUUAUACAAUUUUCUAUUCUCUCGGUUCAUUUUUUACUUAAAAUUUGGUCUAAUGAAAUCUAACAAUAGUUCAUCAUAUAUAUUAUACUCAUGUAUGCUAAUUAGGUCUCUCUCGAAAAUAUCAAUAUGGAAAUCCGGCCUAGAUUCCCAUAUGAAUUUUUCGGAUGGAUUCCCUUUAUUAUUCUGUUCUUUUAUUCAUGUACGCAAAUCAGUAGCUAUCAGGCAUAGAAAUCCAAAUGAUCCGGAUUCUAUAGAAAUUAUUUGUAUAGAAACCCAGAUUCCUAUAUAAAUUUUCCACAAAGAAAUCCAUAUACCCUAGUUUCUAGAUCGAAAUUCAGGUACCUAUAGUUUUUUACUGGAUUUUCCAUAUGGAAAUUCAUAUAUUUAAGUUUUUAUAUCAAUAUCCAGGUACUGUUUCCUAUUUGAAUUUCCUACAUGAAAUUCCAAGUACUCACAUUUUCUUAAGUGGAUUUUCCAUAUGGAAAUCAUACCCUCAGUUUCCUCCAUGGAUUCUUCAAAAAAGUCCAUACACUUCUCUAUUAAUUACCAUGAAUUCUUACAUAAAUUCAUACUUUCCUAUAUGGAUUCCUAUGGGAUCUCUUAAUUUAUAAAAAAAAAAAAUAAAAUUUUGUAUUUCAUCAUUUAUUUAUAUAAUUUCAUUUGAAAUAAUCAGCUAUCUAAUUACAUUAAUCAUCUUUUUCCUUAACGUUAACAAUUAUCAGAUAUGUUUGCGCCAAGUAAUGAAGAAUACAAUCAAUUGUUAUAGAAAUAACUAGAAAAGUAAUAACAAUUAUAAAUAAAAAUGGUAAUUUUUUAAAAACCCACUCGAAUCCAUGCUCCAGUCCCAUUAAAACAA